AUGACAUAUGGCAAUGAUUUGGAUGUUGGUAUGGCGUAUGGCAAUGAUUUGGAUGCUGGUAUGGGGUAUGGCGGUGAUCAGGACGCUGGUAUGGGGUAUGGCGGUGAUCAGGACACUGAUAUGGGGUAUGGAGGUGAUCAGGAUCCUUGUUUGGGGUAUGGCGGUGAUCAGGACACUGGUAUGGAGUACGGCGGUGAUCAGGAUGCUGGUAUGGGGCAUGGCAGUGAUCAGGACACUGGUAUGGGGUAUGGUUGUGAUCAGGACGCUGGUAUGGGGUAUGGUGGUAAUCAGGAUGCUGGUAUG